GGAACGGGUUCUCGCACCAUUUCUAUUAGUUUCCCGGGUGGACCUGGAGAUCCUCCCCUUCUAUUGUACGAGUACCUAUUAACUGUUAACUGAACCAUCCCUUACUUCAAUUUAUCUACGCUGUAUUUAUUUGAUAGCACAAAAUCGAAUUAUGUUCAAAAGCUAUGAUAAUAUCACUCUAAAAUGUUGAUAUAUUACGCAUCUAGCCAUUCCCUUCGACAUGCAGCGAUUGGCUAAUCCGUCGUUACCCCACGUGCUACCAUUAAACAUCCCGUUGACCAACAUUCAAAUUCGAUCUAUGAGCAAAUUCCGACGUCGCGGACCUCCGAAUGUUCCAAAAGAAGAUCCUACGGGAGAAACGCUUUCGUUCAAUGCAACUGCCUUAUUAUUAGAUCUCGAUUCCGAAGACAGUCCAUACGUGCGUCCUUUUGAUAAGACAACCUUAGGCGAGCCAGCGCCCCUUAGGUACGAAAAAUUUCGCAGAACGCGUCUCGAAAGGUUUCAUGCCAACAGGUUCCAAAAAACUGCUGAGAUGUACGCAAACGAUUUCAAAGGUGUUCGGAAAGAUAGAUUCAGUGUAUGGCGGAUAUCUGAUUAUGACGUACUCUCCUUUAUACUCGAUUCCUCGUUUGAGGAUGAACAAACCCCGGCACAAGAAAUAGAACAAACAGAACAAACAGGGGGGAGGGGAAUAGAUGCGCGCUUGAAAGGUGAAAAGUCAUCUAUAAUAAAAUGGAAUGGAAUACCAGAGCGUAAGAAGGAUGUCCCUGCUGAUCUUGUUUCAUACGUCCUACGCCGACAGCUGAUAGCCCGCCGUCUACAUCCUGGUAGUGGCGAUUCGGAAUCACUAAGGAGGGCUCUUUUGAAAGUCAGCUUAGCACCAGAACCCGAGAAGAGAUUGCUCAGUUAUGAGAGAAUCAUUGAAGGUGUAAUUCAGACACCCGAAGGCUCGAAGCUCGUCUCUGACUGUAGCAAAGUCCUCGGGUCCCUGUGUAAAGAUAUUGCCCCCAAGAUACCGCCAAAACGUCUUCUCCCGUUUUUAAACAACGUGGUCAUCAACCUAAACUCCCGCGGACUGCCAAUUUCGCCAGCUCUUCUAUGGUGUGGAUAUCAGGUCUCAUAUGAGGGUCGUUCAUGGCACAUGUUCCAAAAAUACAUGGGAAUGGUUCGCGAAGAGGGAUUUGAUGCAGGUCCCCGAUUUAUCCAAGUUCAUCAUGCUUUCCAACAGAUAAUGGCUGCCUCGACUAAACCUAGGCGUGGCAUGCCACAUACCAUAUUAUACAUUUACGGGCUGUUAACGGGCCGUUUAUUAGGAGAGGAUUCUUCACAUCCAUCAUUUCAUGAUCAUCUAUCCUGCUUCACCAGGACACAAUUCACCGGAUAUCUCGCCUCUCUUGCCCAAUUAGGGGCGUUCCGGUCAAUGUGGUAUAUCUGGCGCAUGUUUCCUGAAGAUAUGGGCAACGACCCAACUUCUCGCAUCCUCAUGGACAAAUUUAAGGUGAAGCCAUUUUCAAAGGCUAGGGCAUUUGCGCAAGCCAUCUCAUAUGCCGUUCAAGUAAACAGUCGCUCGGCGGAAGUUAUACAAGCCCCUGGGUUUACGCAUGUAGCCGAGGACAGAGAUAAGAACUGCGAGCUUGAAUUGCAAACUAUCAUGACAUCGGCGGAUCUUCUUUUACCGGAUAUUAUCAAGGAAAACUCCAAAUUAUUGCCGAAGUGCUUCAUAGCAAACCAGCAUAUGAUAAAUAUUUUUGAAGAAAAGUCACUACAAGAAGCAAUGUCGGCACUACAGUCUUAUUUAUUAGACAAGAUUCCCACUUUACAGCAAGAUACUAGACCAACGGAGGAGCAAUGACGUGGAUUAUGAGCAUGCUAGACUAGAUCGAGAUGUCUAAAAAAUCCCAUUAAAGUAUAAGGAAGCUUAAAAUAAAAGGAUGGAACUCACUCA